CUUGCAUGUCGAAAGUGGACUAUUGUUAUCUCAAUAUGAAUUAGAAUGAAAAAAAAAGAAGAACUUGAAAACUUAUGUAUUCUGCAACUAAUUGACAUACGUUAAAAUAACUAUGUCUGAACAAAACUCAAAAAAGGAAGUGAAGAUUGUUGUUUUAGGAGAUAUUGGUAGAAGUCCACGGAUGCAAUAUCAUGCGUUAUCUCUCGCCGCUUGCGGAUUUGAUGUGAAUAUAAUUGGUUACGUAGAAACAAAACCUCUUUCAAAUAUCCAAGAGAAUCCUCAAAUUACUGUUACUAAACUUCAUCCUUUAAAAAUAGAAUGGGCGCCAAAAUUGAUACAGUAUUUCAUAAAAGCUUUAUGGCAAGCAAUUAGUUUGCUAUUAACGUUAUUUAUAACUGGUAAAUGUAGCUAUUUACUAUGUCAGAACCCACCAGCUGUGCCUACACUACCUAUAUGUAGAUUUUAUUGCUUAGUAACCCAUACAAAAUUUGUUAUCGACUGGCAUAAUUAUGCGUUUUCUAUAAUGGCUCUUUCACUUAGCUGUAACCAUCCCAUUCUAAAGGUUUCAACUUUUAUAGAAAGGUACUUUGGUCAGUCAUCAGAUAGUAAUUUAUGUGUAACAUAUGCUAUGAAACAGCAUUUAUUAGAAAAUUUCAAUAUUAUGGCAACAGUUCUUUAUGAUAGACCACCUAACAUUUUUAAACCUAUAACUGUAAAAGAAAAACAUGAUUGGUUUGUUAAAAUAGGGUCUCAAUAUAAAGAAUUUAUAACAUCAAGAAAAGAUGCACCUCCUGAUAUUUCUCAAAGUGAUACAAGGUACACAGCAUUCACUGAGGUAGAGAGAAAUGUAGUAAAACUAAAAAACAAUAGACCUGGCCUAUUAUUUAGCAGCACUAGUUGGACUGCAGAUGAGGAUUUCAGUAUCCUAAUGGAAGCAUUACAAGUUUAUGAGACAUCAUAUGAUCUUGUAAAAAAUUUGCCAAGAUUAAUUUGUGUGAUAACUGGCAAGGGUCCUAUGAAAGACUAUUACAAAGAGCAAAUAUCUUAUCGGAAGUGGCAGCAUGUGACUGUGAUAACGCCCUGGCUUGAAGCUUGUGAUUACCCCACCAUGGUAGCAAGUGUAGAUCUUGGAGUUUGCCUUCACACCAGUUCCUCUGGUUUAGAUUUACCCAUGAAAGUAGUGGAUAUGUUUGGUGCUGGGCUGCCCGUUUGUGCUUAUGACUUUAAAUGUCUUAAUGAGCUAGUUCAAAAUGGUGAAAAUGGUUAUACAUUCAAAACUAGUGAUGAACUAUCAAAACAAAUUGUUUUAUGGUUUCAAGAUUUUCCAAAUAAUGUCAAACAAAAUAAAGCAGCUGAUAAAAUGAGGGAAAACCUAAAGAAAUUCCAGGAAUCAAGAUGGGAAGACAAUUGGAAUUUGAGAGCUAAAAAAUUAUUUGAGUGAUAUUGUAUUAUAAUUUAAAUAUGAUUUAAAUGAAUAAAUAAUAUUUUAUGAAUAAUUUUCUAUAAUAAACAAUGUUAAAUAAAA